UGAUCAGUGCGUUCCGAAAGCGGAACUAUUAAACUCUCGAUGUUUUAGACGAAAGAAUUUUGCGAACGGACUCUGUGUUCUCCAGCUGAUCUCUCCCCAGAAAAAUCAUGAGCAAAGAUUACCAGCUGAAGGCUUCAAUUAACCAGAAGCUGAUAGAAAUGGGGGAACGCGAGAGGUUGAAAGAGUUGCUCAGGGCGAAGCUGGUAGAGUCUGGCUGGAAGGAUCAACUGAAGGCUCACUGCAAAGACGUUGUCAGAGAAAAGGGUCUGGAGCACGUGACUGUGGAAGACCUGGUAACAGAAGUCACACCAAAAGGCAGAGCGCUUGUACCUGACAAUGUGAAGAAAGAGCUCCUGCAGAGAAUCCGAGCUUUUCUAGCUCAACACACCGCCCUAUAAGAACCAAAUGGCGCUCAGUUUUUCGUCCAUCACCCAACAGAGCCUCAAAGCGGAAGUAUUAUUGAUGUAAGCAAUGCUCAAUGUACAUUUUCUUUUGUACUGUGUGCUUUUUUUGUAUUCAUGUUAGAUGUUAUUCUGUUAUUUCAAAGAAAUAAAAAUGAGACUUUGGUAUUUUUGAAA